GCUAUAUAAGAGAGGUCACCUGUAGCCCAUACAUGAUCCUAUGCAACGAAUGUAUCGUUUGACGUCACCCUGCCCUGCACACAGCAAGAAACUAAUGUUGUGAGAAAACAGUGUGUUUACUGGACAUCACGUGAGGAUGAGAUGCGUCACUGAUUCCCUGAGGAUGGACAAGGACCCGACUCACAUGACUGAGAGGAUACUAAAUCUCACCCUGGAGAUUAUCUACCUGCUGACUGGGGAGGAUUGCGCAGUAGUGAAGAAGACAUCCAAUGAGUGCGAGACACCCAAUAGCUCUCUCUGUGUGUCAGGAGGAUGGAGCAAGACCCAGAGCCCCAUCACGGUGCCUCCACCUCACUCACUGAUACAUGGGAGAAACAAUGACCAGAGGAUUCUGGAACUCACCAACAAGAUCAUUCAGCUGCUGACUGGAGAGGAGCGGGAGUAUAUGCAGGGACACAAGGAUCUGUACAAGGACGUCAUGAUUGAAAAUCACCGGCCUCUCAUAUCACUGGAUGGAUCCAGUAACAGAGAUAUCCCAGAGAGAUGUCCCUGUUUGCUUUAUUCACAAGCCUGUACGGGAGAGAAUCACAAGACCCCACAGGAGGAUCAGGGUAAUGACCUGACUUAUAUUAAGGUAAAAGAUAUAGAUGGAGAAGAAGAGACGUAUGUGAGGGGUGAUCAGCAGUGUAAGGAGGAGGAAAUCCCUACAGAUAUCAGCACAGAUGGAGCCAGUAACAGAGAUACCCCAGAGAGAUGUCCCCGUCCUCUUUAUUCCCAGGAUUGUACAGAGGAAAAUCACAGGACCCCACAGGAGGAUCAGGGUAAAGGUCUGGCUGAUCUUAAGGUAGAAAAUAUAGAGGGAGAAGAAGAGACGUGUGUGAGGGAUGAUCAGCAGUGUAAGGAGGAGGAAAUCCCUACAGAUAUCAGCACAGAUGGACACUACAAGAGGAAUACCUCAGAAGAACGUCUCUGUUUAUUGCCAGAUGGUGACAUCAAAGAUGACAUCACACAACCUUCUCUAGGAGAAAACUCUAUUACUCCAAUGACAAAUUCAGUGCUGCUUAGUUCACAUAUGUCACCUGCUCCCACUUAUCAUGAGAAAUGUUCCCCUGACAGUGUCACAUCUAUUACAGCUCUUAAUAUAGAUAACACAUUCCCCUGUUCUAUAGAUCAGACAUAUUUUACACAGAUCAAAAAACCUAUUACCCAUCAGCCAAGUAAGGGAAGUGAGAAUCAAUUUCCAUGUUCUGAGUGUGGAAAAUGUUUUGCACAUAAAGCACAUCUUGUUACACAUCAGAGAAGUCACACAGGUGAGAGGCCAUUUCCAUGUUCUGAGUGUGGGAAAUGUUUUACACAGAAAUCACAUCUUGUUACACAUUGGAAAAGUCAUACAGGUGAGAAGCCUUUUCCAUGUGCUGAGUGUGGGAAAUGUUUUGCACAUAAAUCAGAUCUCUUUAGACAUAAUAGAAUUCACACAGGUGAGAAACCAUUUGCAUGUCCUGAGUGUGGGAAAUGCUUUGCACUUAAAUCACAUCUUGUUACACAUGAGAGAAGUCACACAGGUGAGAAACCAUAUUCAUGUUCUGAGUGUGGGAAAUGUUUUAGACAGAUUUCACUUCUUGUUAAACAUAAGAGAAGUCACACAGGUGGGAAGCCAUUUCCAUGUUCUGAGUGUGGAAAAUGUUUUACAGACCCAUCAUAUUUGGUUAGACAUCAGAGAAGUCACACAGGUGAUAGGCCAUUUCCAUGUUCUCAGUGUGGGAAAUGUUUUGCACAGAAUGCACAUCUUGUUAUACAUCAGAGAAGUCACACAGGUGAGAAACCAUUUCCAUGUUCUGAGUGUGGGAAAUGUUUUGCACAGAAACCAGUUCUUGUUACACAUGAGAGAUGUCACACAGGGGAGAAACCAUUUCCAUGUUCUGAGUGUGGGAAAUGUUUUGCACAGAAAUCUGUUCUUGUUAGGCAUGAGAGCAGUCACACAGGUGAGAAACCAUUUCCAUGCUCUGAGUGUGGGAAAUGUUUUAGAUUGAAAUCAAGUCUUGUUAUACAUGAGAGAAGUCACACAGGUGAGAAACAAUUUACGUGUUCUGAGUGUGGGAAAUGUUUUACACAGAAAUCGGCUAUUAAUAAACACCACAAAACUCACAUAGGAGGAAAGCAAUUUCAAUCCCUGCAAUCCCUGGACCUGAGAAUACAGGAGGUGGUCAAGAUCCACCUGGACUCUAUUCAGUCAGAUCUAACUCAUGUAGGUAACCGGGUGGCUGUGAUUGAAAAUCAUAAUGAGCAGUUAGACUCCAAACUAAAUGACGUUGAUGCAGUGAUCAACCGUCAAUCUCGUCUACUACUUGAUAUGCAGAUGCGACUAGAUGAAGUGGACAACAGGGGGCUUCGUAAUAAUCUGAGAAUACGAGGAGUCCCAGAGGAUGUCCCACAAGAGGGUAUAGUAAACAUCCUUACGAAAAUCUUUAAUGAGCUGUUAGAGUCGGACCUUAAUGAGGAGAUUCUGUUUGACUGGAAAACCAUGAAGUUUCCAUCUCUUCCUGAGGCGGUGACACAGGCCUUAGAUUCCCCAUUUACGGAAGAGGAACUAAAAGAUGUCAUAAAGUCAUCCCCUAACGGGAAAAGACCAGGACCUGAUGGCUUCCUGAUAACCUACUAUAAAUCCUUUAAGGACAAGCUACACCCUUUGUUACUACGAGCCUGUAACAUGGUGUCACCCCAGACUCAGUUUUUGACCCAAUCCCUCGCUGCACACAUUGUCGUAAUCCCCAAAGAGGGGAAAGACUCAUGUUUGGCGACUAGUUACAGGCCUAUAUCCUUGCUCAACGUGGACAUUAAGCUAUAUGCCAAAUUAGUGGCUAGUCAUCUAAAACAACUACUCCCUUCCAUCAUCCAUUCUGAUCAGGGUGAGCCGCCUAUGGUGUCCUGUUAUUAUUGUACGGGGGAAGCUGUCUCUGACUUCACUGAUUCCCUGAGGAUGGACAAGUACAGGAGUCACAUGACUGAGAGAAUACUAAAUCUCACCCUGGAGAUUAUCUACCUGCUGACUGGGGAGGAUUACACAGUAGUGAAGAAGACAUCUGAUGAGUUUUUGACACCAAGUAGCCGUCCCUGUGUGACUGUGUCAGGAGGAUUGGGCAGGACCCAGAGCCCCAUUACGGAGCCUCCACCUCGUUCGCUGAUACAUGAGAGAGACAAUGAGCAGAAGAUCCUGGAACUCACCAACAAGAUCAUUCAGCUGUUGACUGACGAGGUUCCUAUAAGGUGUCAGGAUGUCACUGUCCAUUUCUCCAUGGAGGAGUGGGAGUAUAUAGAUGGACACAAGGGUCUGUACAAGGACAUGAUGAUGAAGAAUCACCAACCACUGGCAUCACUAGAUGGACCCAGUAACAGAGAUACCUCAGAGAGAAGUCCCCGUCCUCUUUAUUCCCAGGACUGUACAGAGGAGAAUCACAGGACCCCACAGGAGGAUCAGGGUGAUGACCUAACUAAUUAUAAGGUAGAAAAUACAGAAGGAGAAGAAGAGAUGUUUGUUAUUGAUAUUAAGAAAGAAGAAGAGACGUAUGUGAGGGGUGAUCAGCAGUGUAAGGAGGAGGAAAUCCCUACAGAUAUCAGCACAGAUGGAUCCAGUACCAGAGAUUCCCCAGACAGAUGUCCUCGUUCUCUUUAUUUACAGGAGUGUGCAGAGGGGAAUAACUUGACCCCACAGGAGGAUCAGGGUGAAGGUCUGGCUGAUAGUAAGGUAGUAGAUAUAGAGGAAGAAGAAGAGACGUAUGUGAGGGGUGAUCAGCAGUGUAAGGAGGAGGAAAUCCCUACAGAUAUCAGCACAGAUGGACACUGCAAGAGGAAUACCUCAGAGGAACGUCUGUGUUUAUCGCCAGAUGGUGACAUCACAGAUGACAUCACACAAGUUUCUCUAGGAGAAAACUCUAUUACUCCAAUGACAAAUUCAGUACUACCUGGUUCACAUAUGUCAUAUGUUCCCGCUUAUCACGAGGAAGGUUCCCCUGAUAGUUUCACAUCUAUUACAGCUCUUAAAGUAGAUAAGACAUAUAUUACCCACCAGCCAAGUAAGGCAAGUGAGCAGCAAUUUCCAUGUGCUGAGUGCAGGAAAUGUUUUACACAUAAAUCGCAACUUAUUAUACAUAAUAGACUUCACACAGGUGAGAGACCGUUUCCAUGUUCUAAGUGUGGGAAAUGUUUUACACGGAAAGCACAUCUUGUUACACAUCAGAGAAGUCACACAGGUGAGAAAACAUUUCCAUGUUCUGAGUGUGGGAAAUGUUUUACACACAAAUCAGAUUUUGUUACACAUCAGAGAAGUCACACAGGUGAAACACCAUUUUCAUGUUCUGAGUGUGGGAAAUCUUUUACAUUUAAUUCACAACUAAUUAUACAUAAUAGACUUCAUACAGGUGAGAAACCAUUUCCAUGUUCUGAGUGUGGGAAAUGUUUUGCACGGAAAGCACAUCUUGUUAUACAUCAGAGAUGUCACACAGAUGAGAAAACAUUUCCAUGUUCUGAGUGUGGGAAAUGGUUUGCACAUAAAUCACAUCUUGUUACACAUCAGAGAAGUCAUACAGGUGAGACAACAUGUUCAUGUUCUGAAUGUGGGAAAUGUUUUACAUAUAAAUCACAACUCAUUAAACAUAAUAGACUUCACACAGGUGAGAAACCAUUUCCAUGUUCUGAGUGUGGAAAAUCUUUUGCACAGAAAUCACAUCUUAUUAUACAUCAGAGAAGUCACACAGGUGAGAAAACAUUUCCAUGUUCUGAAUGUGGGAAAUCUUUUGCACAUAAAUCUAUUCUUGUUAGACAUGAGAGAAGUCACACAGGUGAGAAACCAUUUCCAUGUUCUGAGUGUGGUAAAUGUUUUGCACAGAAAUCUGUUCUUGUUAGACAUGAGAGAAGUCACACAGGGGAGAAACCAUUUCCUUGCUCUGAGUGUGGGAAAUGUUUUGGAUAUAAAUCACAACUCAUUAUACAUAAUAGACUUCACACAGGUGCAAUACCAUUUUCAUGUUCUGAGUGUGGGAAAUGUUUUACACAUAAAUUACAACUCACUAUACAUAAUAGACUUCACACAGGUGAGAAACCAUUUCCAUGUUCUGAGUGUGGGAAAUGUUUUACACAGAAAGCACAACUGGUUUUACAUCAGAAAAGUCACACAGGUGAGAAAACAUUUCCAUGUUCUGAAUGUGGGAAAUGUUUUGCACAUAAGUCUAUUCUUGUUAGACAUGAGAGAAGUCACACUGGUGAGAAACCAUUUCCAUGUUCUGAGUGUGGGAAAUGUUUUACACAGAAAGCAUAUCUUGCUAUACAUCAGAGAAGUCAUACAGGUGAGAAAAAAUUUCCAUGUUCUGAGUGUGGGAAAUGUUUUGCAUAUAAAUCACAACUCAUUAUACAUAAUAGACUCCACACCGGAGAGAUACCAUUUUCAUGUUCUGAGUGUGGGAAAUGUUUUGCUCGGAAAUGGGUUCUUCUUAGACAUGAGAGAAGUCACAAAGGGGAGAAACCGUUAUCAUGUUCUGAGUGUGGGAAAUGUUUUACUCAGAAAUCAUCUCUGGAUAAACACCUUAAAACUCAUCGAGAAAAAGCAACUUCAAUGAACCAUUGAUACUUGAAAUCUUAUGGGUGCCAUUUAUAUUAAUGAUAAAAAAAUAAACUCCUUUACAGACUGUAUAAU